CACCGCCUUCACAGCACUACUCCUCUACAUAGAACACUCUCUCUCUCUCUCUCUCUCUCCUUCUCUCUCCUAUAAAUACGGAGCUCUCCUUGCGUAUUUGUCUUCCCAUUUCGGUGACGGGACCAAGCAAAUCACAAUGGGCAAGAAGAAGAACAAGAACAACAGCCAGAAUGCAAACGAGAAGGAGAAAGUGAACGAGAUGAAGAACGAGAACGAGAACGAGACCCAGAAGAAGGAAAAUGGCGAGGGAGAGAAGAAGAAGAAGGAGGCGGGUCCGAUUCCGGUGGUGUUGAAGAUCCCCAUGCAUUGCGACGGCUGCGCUGACAAGAUUAAACGACGCGUUCGCGGUUUUGAAGGCGUGGAAACGGUGAAGGCGGAGCUGGAAUCCAACAAACUGACGGUGGUCGGGAACGUGGAUCCGACAAAGCUCCGGGACAAGCUGGCCCAGAAGGCCAAGAAGAACGUCGAGCUGCUCUCCCCGCAGCCCAAGAAGGACAACAAGGCCGACGACAAGUCAGACCAAAAACCUGAGAAGAAAGCCGACGACAAAAAACCCAAAGAGCCUCCGGUGACGACGGCGGUUUUGAAGGUGGUGCUGCACUGCCAGGGGUGCAUAGACAAGAUUCAGAAGACUGUUCAGAAGACCAAAGGUUACCAGAGCAUGGAGAUUGAUAGACAGAAAGAACUGGUGUGCGUGAAGGGUACUAUGGAUGCGAAGGCCCUAGCUCAAAGCCUGAAUGAGAAGCUUAAGAGGCAAGUGGAUGUCGUCCAACCAAAGAAGGAGAAAGAAGGGGGGGAGGGCGAGAAGAAGGAUGGUGAUGGCGGCGGUGGUGGGAAGAAGAAGGGUGGAGGAGGAGACGGUGGGCAGGAAGAAGCUAAUGCCAAAGUUGAUCAAGGGAAUAAAAUGAUUAUGGCACUUCCCGGGUACGGGAAUAUUGGGUAUGGGAAUGGGUACGGGUACCCCCCGUAUGGGCCUGGGCCUGGGCAUGGGUAUGGGUAUGGGCAUGGAGGGUUUGUGGGGGAGCACUUGCAUGCCCCGCAGAUGUUCAGCGACGAAAACCCGAAUGCUUGCUCUAUCAUGUGAGGGAAUUGUUUUGGAAGGUGGGAGAUUAUAGUAGAUGACAGUGAAAUGUAAAUAAAGAUAGAAGAAUAGUACGGGGUGGUUUGAAGGCUGGACCCAAAUGGUCCUGGCCCGGUUGUUGGACUGGUGGGUGAGGAGUUAAUUGGUAUUUUUUUUUUGUUUAAUUAGUCCCAAUAGCUAGUUGGAUACUUGCUUGAAUAUUCGGGGUAUGUUUUUGUUGUUAAUCGGUCAUAUAAUUGAUUCUGAAUAGUAAGAGUAAGUGAUAUUUUCUUUUUCAAAA